AUGGACUCCAAGAAACCCAAGAAGCACCACCAGAGUAAGAAGGAUAGGAUCAAGGUUCAGGAGAGAUUUGCCAGGAAGAUUCCAUACAGGUUCACGUGGCUCAUGGAGCCCAAACCGAAGCUGCAGCAGCCCUGGGAGGCUUUGACUAUUCACAGCUCGCUGAGGGAGCAGCUGCCCUUGCAGAAGAUGCUGGUGCCAACGCGGUCCAUUCCAGUCCGAGGGCUCGGGGCUCCGGAUUUUACAGCACUGCCAAGUCCUUUCCCGCCACGGCCACCGAACAACCUUUGGGAGAUCAAGUUGCUGAGCUGCCGAUUCCCUGGGCAAGGAGCCCGCGUGCUGUCCCUCCAGCACCCCAGCACCAGCCACCCCACGAGGGAAAAGGUGGCGAAACCUUCCAGAUGCUGCUCCUAG